UCUCUCUCUCUCUCUCUCUCUCUCUCUCAUGCGCGCGCGCCCGUCGUGUACACUCUCAACUCGCGCUGACCUUUCGCGCUUUCGACCGGGUACGACCACUGCCCACGUCUUCUUCGCGGACCGGAGGGAAAGAGAGCGUACACGCGGCUCGUUUCUCUCUCUCUCUCUCUCUCUCUCUCUCCUCGUCUCUCUUUUUCACCUCCGCCGUUCAGUUUUCCCGACUUUCGAGCCGCGAGUAAGAGCGUCGCCGCCGGAGUGGUUCUUACUCGCGGCUUAUCAGCGUGUGCUUCGCGCUUAUCGCCCACCGCGGCGCAAUCGACCCGGGUAGAAGAACGACCGUCGCGAUCGUCGCGAGAUUCACGCAGGUCGAGAGCGGACGAUAGCGGCGCGUUGUUUUGAGGCCGCUUCUCCGAGAGCACCUAACCGGCGGAAAACGAGCGCGCCUCGCGUGCCUGGGGCCUUCGGCGGAUGCGACGAGCCAUCGCGGACUGAGAACGCGCGGGGGCGACGUCGAAGCUCGCGAGAAACUCUCAAGCCGCCGGAUGCUCCGCUUCAUUUCCAGUAAGCCAGUAAGCUACCGACGAAACGGCAGAACCCGCGUUGGGUGCUGCUGGAGAAUCACAAACUCGCGCGUGUACUCUCGAUUCACGUGACCGAGCGGCCGAGCGAGCCGCAGGUGCUUCGAGCAACGGGGAUAUCGGGAUUCAGCAUUCAAGCUCCUUUGAGAAAUCGCAAAAUGCGCUCGGGCGCGUCCUUUCGCGUAUUAUAUCGCGCACGACACGAGCUCGUGAUUGCGAUCGACGAUUGCGCGCCGCAAGCUCGCACGAGAGCUCGCGAGUCGGAAUCGCGGCCGCGUGAGGUCCGAAACUCCCUGAGCGCGCGCGACGGAGAGAGAGAGAGAGAGAGAGAGAGAGAGAGAAAGCGUUAUUUAUUGAGCGCUCUGGGACAGAGUCCCCUGAAGUGCAAGGAAGUCCAAAAUGAAUAGAAAGAAUUUUUGAGUUUUACAUCGGCUGAAAGAAUACGCAGGAGAGAGAUGGACAGGGACCACAGAGAGCAACGCGAUCACGAUAGUAUGAACGAGAAGGACGCGGAUCGCAAAGUCGGAAUGGAUUUUCGCAGUCUGUCCCACCAUCACGAUCACGCGGCGGACGUCGAUGCGGAGAGGGACAUGGACAUUGAUCCGGCCGAUCGCGUCGAAAACUUGCACGACGAGAAACCCGAGAAGUUGGGCAGGAAUUUUCAUAAUAUAGGCCAUCAUCCCGCUAUGGAUUUGAUGGUUCACGCUCGAUUAAGCGCUGGUCGUUUAUCUUUGCAGAGAGACCUAGAUAGAGAUCAAAAUAAUCACGUCGACAAUUUGCACGACGACAAGAUAGAGCACAAGAUAGGAAGGGAUUUCCGCAGUUUGAGCCAUCACACGGGAAUGGUCCAUUUGCACUCCGGUAUGGAGCAUUUAAAUAAUGUCGACGUCGAAGUGAAACUAGCGAGAGACGUGCGCGGCUCGUUGGGAUUGGGACUGUCCUUAGAACUGUGCGUGGUCUGCGGAGAUAGAGCCAGCGGCAGGCACUACGGUGCCAUCAGCUGCGAGGGCUGCAAGGGCUUCUUCAAGCGCAGCAUUCGCAAGCAGCUGGGCUACCAAUGCAGAGGGAGCAAAAAUUGCGAAGUUACUAAGCACCAUAGAAAUCGCUGUCAGUAUUGUAGACUUCAGAAGUGUCUGGCGAUGGGCAUGAGAAGCGAUUCUGUUCAACACGAAAGGAAACCCGUAUUAGGUGACUCGACCGCCACGAAAGUGGGCAAUCGUAGCGCCAGGGUGAAACCAGAACCGCAGCAACCCGUGCCAGAGGCACCUCCGGCUUGGGAGCAGCCCGAGAGCCCCAGCAUGGAAGACCAAAGUAGUGACAGUGAUCUUAGCGACGCCUUGACCUUAGCGCGCGAACGCUUGCUCAUUUCUCAUGCGUUGGACAGUAUGGCUAAGCUCAUCGGUGACACCGUGAACGGCUCGAGCGAGCCGGACGAAGAAUGGACCGGCCAAUUAAUCUCCGAGCGGCACACGUUGUUCGAAUUGAGGCCGCCUAGCCCGGCACCUGCGUAUUUAUCUAUUCAUUACAUUUGCGAGAGCGCGGCCAGAUUGUUAUUUUUGUCUGUGCAUUGGGCGCGAGGAAUCCCGGCGUUUCAAGCCUUGCCAUCUGAAAUUCAAACGGCUCUAGUGCGCAGUUCCUGGGGGCAAUUAUUUACAUUGGGUCUCGCGCAGUGUGCGUACACGUUGUCUCUUCCCAGUAUCUUGUCGUCGAUCAUCAAUCACUUGCAAGCUAGCAUAGCGCAAGAAAAGAUCACAGCUAGCAAGGUGAAGUCCCUCACGGAACACAUAUGCAGGCUGCAGGACUGCGUGAAUUCCCUGCACAAGCUGCAAGUCGAUUCCGUGGAAUACGCAUACCUCAAGGCUCUGACGCUUUUCAGCCCUGACAAUAUGCUGGCAGGUGUCUGGCGUAGGAAGGUCGAAGUUCUUCAAGACGCAGCGUGGACAGAAUUGCAGCAACGCGUGGGCUCCGAUAGAUUACCUCGUCUUCUCCUGAGGCUAGCGCCUCUUCGCUCGAUUAAUCCUAGGAUCUUGGAAGAUCUCUUUUUCGCAGGUCUCAUUGGCCGAGUAAGCGUCGCUAGCGUCGUGCCUUAUAUCCUUACCAUGUCCGAUUACAAACCCGAACCGGAAAGUCAGAUGGGGUGACGAAUACUGUCAGUGCAAUGUAAGUCGUGACCUAACAUGACGUUACUAUCGUGAUGUCACAUGCAUCACAUGAUGUAAACGUAAGUGUUAGAUGCCUUGAAUACGUUGGGCGGAUUCCGAUUUCUUUGGCGUCGGGGAGGCCCGGGUUGCUCAGAAGGCGUUCUUAACGCCAGAAACGAACGAUUGAGAUCGGAAUUGUAAACUGCAAGUGUCGUCUUCAUCUUCGAUGCGUUGCAGUUGAGGGCAAUCAUUGUAUCACUGGCGACGCCAGAGUGACUGGAAUCCCACUAAUGACUUUAUACAACGAAAGUGCAAAAGACAUGUGAAAGAUCAAAAUCUAUAUUUGUUUUUUUUUUUUUUCCGUUUUAUGUUGGAGAAAGUAUUUUUACAUUGGAAUUGUAUCACAAUCACGAGAUGUCCUGUUCAAUUGAAACGUGCGCAAGUUCAGAUCGAUUGUACAUACACGAACUGUUAGGUAUAUUCCGAUAUAUAUAUAUAUAUACACAAAAUAUAUAUAUAUAUACAAUCAAUAUAUAUAUAUAUAUAUUGAUUGUUUAUAUAAUAAUCAUUCGGUAUCCAACACAAUUUCCUUAUUUAUAUAGUAGACGGAUAUUAUGUAAAACUUUCGUAGAGAAAUACGAUAGCUUGAUACACGGAUACCAUGUUGAGAGAGAGAGAGAGUUUAUCUUAAAAAAAGAGAAAUAAUUACGUAUACAAUUAUAACUUGGACGAGUUAGAGCUUAAUUAACAUUGUGCUCAUCGAAGUGAGCAACCUGUGACGUAAUAAUCAGGGAGUAUCGACGUUAUAAUAUUUAUACGUGCGUGCGCGGUUAUAAAUAAAAAUACGACAAAUAUUUUCCGUUGCAUUUUUAAGUAUCUAUGUGAUGAUGAAAUGCAAUAUAUAUUCUUUUGAAAAUGAGAGCUUCGUUAACUGAUCUCUACGUAGGACUUUUAGUAUAUUCCGAAAGUAAAAAAGUAUCGUAGUAUAUUUAUACUACUAAUGUAUGAUACAAUCUCACAGGAAAGUCUCCUUUUUAUAUCGGCAUAUUACUUAUGGAAAAGAUAGGAUACAUGAAAGACAGUGUGUACAUAUACAAUAUGUUCACAGUCUGUUAUCUAUAUUGUUGUUAGCAGCCAAAUAGAGCUAUUAUCUGAAAGUCGCUUAGGUUGGUCUAUAGAUUGUUCUUUAUGCGGAAAAGAAAUUAUUUCGCUUUAUCGAGUAAGUGAUUAAAGACACGUGAUACCAAUUAUAUCUGAAAAAGAAAUUCCAGCUUUACCAGUUUGCAGGAAAGCGUCACAGACUGGUAAUGCGCCGCGCGUGACUCAGAUUUCCUAUAGUAUAAAAAUGAAGAGAAAAAAAGAAAAGUUACAACCGUAUUUUUGCUUCUAAUAUACAAAUCAAAGUUUUCGUGCAUCUACCAGCUGUUACUCGUUCGAAAUGGACAAUAAAAAAAUUAUAUUUUUUCUAAUAGAUAUGCGCGUGUGGAUACUUAACAUAGUGUAGUAAGCGAGUGUAACAGUUUGUGUACAUGAGUUACUUAAUUGAAUGUAAAUUUCGUAUUCUACCGUUCUUUGUAUAUUAUACGUCUUAAUAAUUGUACUAAGCAUAAAGAUAACUGUAUACUUCGUAUAUACGUAUUUAAUGGUUCUGGAAAUGUAAGAUAAUAUUUUCUGGUCCUCUUACGUUCUAUACGUCUAAUUGGUUCGUUCAGAAAACAGAUCGUGGGAAUGUUAGCUGCAUUAAGUUUACUUUAAAAAUGUCGAAAACACCUCGUCCAAGUAAGUAUUAAUAAUUACGGCAGUUAUUGAUACAGCUGAUCGGUAAAAUAUUUAGACACAAGGUUGCUCAUUUUUCAUUUUUAUUAUUUCGCGAAAUUCUUGAAAACGUUAUUGCUUUAUUUUUCAUCAUGGUGAUUAAAUCUUUUCUUUUUUUUUCUUUUUCUUUUUCUUUUUUUUCUGCAAAAGAACUCAUUGAAUUACACAAAUUGUUCAAAUGCAUAAGUAAUUUUUCGAGAGAGGAUUUUCCACUUGAUGCGGGUGGUGCAGUCUAAUGUAAUAAUAAGACAAUAUUAAUUAAUGGCAUACGAUACUGCUACCAGAGGUUUAAAAUAUUUUGAAGGGUACUAUUUCACAUUAUCAUUAAUGAUAUAUUAUUAUUGUGAUUAUUAAAGUAAUAGCUAUUAAUAGUCGAUACGUGACUCGACUUUAGGAAUAUUUGCUACUAAAGUGAUCGAUAGCCUGAUCGAUAAUGCAGCCGGCGCUACCGGAACUCUUAAUUAGUUUAACUUUAAAUAUAUUCACACAUGUAACAAUCUAAUCGAAUUCUUAGGUCCGUUUCGAGAUUUAGGUGCUUUUUGCGUUUCUUAAACACCUGCGUAUCGCGUUGAGUAUAAGUUGAAGAAUGGCCACGAAUAGCAUUUCUUGAAUUCUGGGCGAUAUUCUCAACGGGACAAUAUAUCGAGAUAUACAAUAUUUCGCGCGGACGCAUCACGGAGGUAUAACAUUGUAUAUACAAUUAAGAACGUGCCUACAUAAGAGAAAGAUAUUUAUAUGGACGUUAACAUAGUUUUGUAAUUAUUGUUAUGUAAGUUACAACCAUAUAGAUAAAAUCGGAGAUACCUGAGGAAA